UGGCCAGCCACGACGGAACGGAUGGAUGGGUUUUGCGCCACCAACAUAAGAGUAUAGUCCACCGGCCUCAGGGUUAAAAGAUAAUCGGAGAGUGAGAGAACAAAACAAACAAACAGAAAAUAAGUAAAGGUUCAGCGUGGGAUGUGGAUGAGAGCGAAUAUAGUUUCCGUUCCAUAAAGUUCAGUGCUAUGUGUUACGUUUAUUUCUUGUGUAUAUAGUUGGGCGCUAGCGUCCCAAUAGAGCUCAGUCACCAGUGAUACGUUGGGUGCGAUGGUACACAUUGGGGCCAGCUGGAGAAAUUUGUGGAUGGUGUCUAGUGAAACUUGAUUCCGUCGACAAUAUAGUGAAAAUUCAUAGUGGGGGAAAAAGUUAUCAAGUGUUUAUCCAUUGCAAUACGUCAAUGUUGAACAAGAAUUGUCAUAGUGAAGCAAAUCUGAUAGUUAUGGUUGAAAAAAACUUGUUUAUUUUGGACGAAGAAUAGAAAAAUUGUUAUCACUGUGUGUGCAACAGGGCCGGUAUUAUGGCCAUGAGAAUGCUGUAUCGUGGUCCCAGUUCGCGAUUGGAAACCUUGAUUGAAAAAAUCCAGCAAACCAGCAAGGACUACUAUCCACUGAUGAUGAGUCAAGAGCUCUACUCCUCGCAUACAUCGUCGAGUUUCUCACCCUCGAUAUCGGAUGGCAUGACGACACCGAACUCGAUCACCAACGACGCCGAUGCACGAUUGCUCCUAGCGAACGGAGAUUCCUCUGCUGUUGUUGUCGGCACUGGGGCCGGUCCUACUGCGGGAGCAAAAUGCCGCUCCGAGAGACGCUAUCGGACCGACAAUAAUAAUAAAAUAAUUAAAAACAACAAUCACACUAAUAGCCACAGCAAGAAUAAUGAUGGCACUUAUCGUUGUCAGUUCUGUGAUAAAACCUUUCCACGUCUUGGCUAUUUGAAGAAGCACGAACAGAGCCAUACCGAACAUAUGCCGUUCAAGUGUGAAUACUGCGCUCGUUUAUUCAAACACAAGAGGUCAAGAGAUCGUCAUACCAAACUGCAUACGGGAGAUCGACGGUAUCGGUGCCCUCACUGCGAAGCAGCUUUUUCUAGAAGUGAUCACCUGAAAAUCCACAUGAAAACCCACGACAACCAGAAACCAUUUCAGUGCACUAUAUGCAACAGGGGUUACAAUACUGCGGCCGCCCUCACUAGUCACAUGCAAAAUCACAAGAAACAAAUUGCGCUGACUGGAAGUCCAAAUCUAACAUACAGUCCUCGUUCGACCAGUUCGCUUUCUAGCAGCGCUUCUAACCCGAAGCGAAAAUUUUCCCCCUACGAACAAAAUCUAAUGAUGAUAAACCGUUCAAAGCUGCUGAAAUCGGGCGAACUCACUUGCAUCUAUUGUACUCGAACGGAUUUCGCCAAUGUGGAACAACUGGGGGCUCAUGUACAAACAAUGCACAGCAACUUGCUACUCAACGAAAACAAUUUUCACCGUCAUGCAUCUCCCGACACUUUGCUAUCAUAUCCACCAAUUGCUUGUGAAUUUUGUACUAUGAAAUUCCCCACGAUUCCGAUGAUGUUCAACCAUCUAAAAUCCACUCACCUAGACAGAAUCAAUAGUCCGAACAGCUAUCUAGAGCAAUUCAACAAGAAUCUCAUGAAUACGUACACUUCAUUCUAUGGAGCACCCUUUUUCGAGGACAAACAAGAAUCCAGAGAACGAACGGAAGUGAAAAGUGAACGACCUGCCAGCGAAAAAAGCGUGCGGGAUGAAAACGGCAAUGAAGAAGCGUCCAUAGGUACGGAAACUAAAGUGAUAAAACAGGAAAAGGAUGAAAAUGAUAACUCACAGGAAGCGCAGGAACAACUCGCCCCCACCGAUCUCAGCCAACCUCGGAUGAAAAAAAUGAAGGUAGAGAGCGAGACCCAACCGAAUUCUGGCAGCAACCCGAGAGAAGUGGGAAAAGAUAAUUCACCUGGUGCAUCGGGAUCGAUUCAGCCUACACCUCCCGGAGCCUACCUUUGCAAUCAAUGCAACGCAGCUCUACCAGAUUUCGAAUCAUUUCGAAAUCAUCUGAAAGCUCACCUCGAACAAGGCUCUACCACUACAUCGUAUGUGUGCCAACAGUGCGGAGUAACGCUUGCUGAUCAGCAGGAAUACGAGAAACAUGUCACCAAUCACUAUCUUGUAACCGGCGCGGAAUAUCUGUGUGAUCCUACGUGUAACAAAAAUUUUCCCAAAGCCGAAGAGUUACAUAAACAUCUGUACGAAGUCCAUACCCAGGUUUUAUACAAAUGCGCACUUUGCAAUGAAACUUUCGACAGUAAAGUCAACAUACAAGUUCACUUUGCAGUGACACACUCGAGUGAAGUGAAGCUAUACCGAUGUACAACCUGCGCGGAAGUAUUCCGGACGGAACGGGAAUUUAGGCACCACAUCCGAUCUCGUCAUAUCUCUUCAGGGGCCGUACAAUGUGUUUUCUGUCGUGUUGUGUGUUCUUCAGAACUGGAAAUGCAAUUCCACUUAGCAGCACAUGCAAGAAAGUUCAAGUGUCCAGCAUGCCCUGAAUCAUUCCACGUUGAGUUUCUUCUUGAUCGACACAUGCAAACUCAUCACAGUCAGAAAGAAAUAUCGAAUGCCGCAGCAGCUGCUGCGUCAAAUGUUGUAGGCAGUAACAGCUCUGCAAGCAGUCUUGAAUACCUGCAACUACAUGGUCAAAUGGCAGCCGCAGCUGCAGGGUGGCAAAAUUUAUAUGCCGCAAAUAAAUUCUACAACCCACUUCACGUAGACACUAUCAAUUCGAUGAAGCACCCUAACUUUCUGCACGGAUUUUAUGAAAGCUUGAAUAAAUCUCAUGCUCAACGUUAUCUCGACCAACCUAAGAAGGAAUUCGUUAAUCCAACGAAUACAGCACAAUCCAAAACAUUGAUGAAUCUUUACAAUCAACGACCGUCGGCUAUGAAUGGUCUGUAUUCACCAGACCGACUUGGAACCAACGCAUCAAGUGCUGGCCAAUCUGCUACUAAUAACAUUCCAUCAAGCACAUCCAACUCAUCUAGCAAAUCGCAACAAAUGUAUUCUCCCACAACGUUACUUCAUCGCUAUGGAAUUAAUCCAUCCGCGACUUCUACUCCGAAUAACGUUGUGGGACAACCCACUGCUGUAGAAAAAUCAUCCUUAGCCUGCGCAAAAAAUAACACUAGUAACUACUACAGCUGUGGAAUCUGUGAGAGAAAUGACUUUAGUACAGAAAAUGAAGUUCAAACACACCGCAAAAUUGUACAUAAUCUGAAGACAGGUGUGAGCUUGCGGUGUGCCUAUUGUAGCGGAGACUUCCGAUCGAGAAACGAGCUCGAGAACCACAUGAAGAUCGCCCACAAUACCGGCGGUAAACACAAGUGUUUAAUAUGUGAUGAGAUUUUCCCAUCGCCGGCGGUUUUGGCCGAACAUAAGCUCACCCAUUGUAAGGUAGGAGCAUCGGGACGAUGUUCUCACUGUCCAACUACGUUACCCGAUGUACACAGUUUCAAAAGCCACCUCACCCAACAUCAGCAGUCCUCCUCCGCAUCGGGGUCUACGACGAGCAAUAACUCAACGGCCGCUGGAUCCAGGAACAGUGCUACUUCCGGACAAGAACAAGAACGUUUCCCCAUUCAGUGUAUAUGCUGUCGACAAACAUUGAACUCCGAAUUCGAGAUAAGUCUACACGCAAAGUUCCAUACCAAAUCUAGUGAAAUAAACGAGAAGACCUGUGCAUUGUGCUUGGAGCCGUUGGCCGCUGAACAAGAGGCCAAAAUUUGUGAAACUUGCUUAAAACGACACAAUUUUCCCUCCAAACUGCUGUCGAUCAAUAAUUUCAUGAAGUCGUCGGCAUCAGCUGCAUUCCAACUCCAAGAGACGCCUACUCACCAACCACAUUCGUCCGCCCCUCGGUCACCCCAGAACCCAUCCAACUCUGCAAUCCAGUGUAACCUCUGCAAAAAAUAUCUCGUCAGCAAUCAGAAGCUUCAAGAGCAUCUCAUCGAUCAUACCUUUGCUGGCUGUGAGGAUCGUGGAUUCGUUUGCUAUCUUUGCUCUUCCGUAUUCACUUCCUCCACUGGUCUACAAACCCACAUAAUAGAGCAUGGUUCACAGGCCAAACCAUACGAAUGCAAUCACUGUGAUGAAGCCUUUUUCUUCCGAGCUGAACUAGAACAUCAUCUAGUUGAUCAUGAGCUAGGAAAAGUCCAUCUGGCGUCUGUACCCACUACAGAGGCAAGCUCAGUGGAAAUAAAAUCUGAAGUGGCGGAAGCUGCCUCGAAGGAAGAAGUCGGUCCAGCUGAGCAAAAUUCUUCUCCUUCGAAGGAGCAUGAAGAGCAAAAAGAAGAAACCGCAACCACUAGCAGCACAAGCAGUAGCAGCGGUGAAAGUGGUCCAGAUCAAGAAAAUGGUGAUGAAGAUGAUGAGUAUAUUGAGGUGGAACAUAAUAUUGAGGAAAGCGGAAAGGAACCAAAUGCUAACAUGCGACAGACGGGGAGUAAAUCACACGACGAGUGCAUAGAUUAACAAUCUACAAGAUUGUAUUGAACCUAGUAAGUCAAUAUAGGAAUACGCAUAACUAUCAACAUGGAACAUGAUAAGCCAAAUAAAUUUUUGUUCCGACACUAUUAUGUUACGUCGAGUAUUGUUGAGUUACUAAUUUUGUUCGUUCUGCCUAAAAUUUAAACGAUGAUAGUCAAGUGUUUGGUUUAUUUAAUUAGAAAUAUCGUUAAUUUCAUUUUAUAGUUAAAGUUGUACUAGAAUUAGAAGCUAUUGAAAGCACCAUUAGUAAGCAAAAAUAUCACCAAAUGAACCCAG